UCCCCCUGUUCGAACGAAACCAGCGGCGGCGAACCCUCUUCUCUCCCACUUCCUCUCACCCUCUUUCCUCCCUCUGUCUUCUUCUUCCUCUUCCAACACCGAACUGCCAAAAUCGAGUUGAGGAGCAACUGGUCUCCUUCUUCCCCAUCCGCAAAAGAAUAGAGAACGAGAGAUAUGGCGAUCCGCGGCGAACCAGAGCAGCAGCGGCGAGUUUACUUCAUCCCCAGUCUCUCCCUCUCUCUCUAUUUUAUUUCUGAUAUUCUUCUUCUUCUUCUUCCCCUCUUCCACCAUUUUUUUCUCUGUCUCUCUGUUUUGUCACUGCCGCUGCAACUUGCAGCGGUGGUGGAUCUGCCCAGCUCCCCAUUUCUGCUUUAUGCUUUUUCUCUCCUCCCAUCAUUCUCUCAGAUCAUCCAUCGUCCUCCGCUCUCUUCCUUGCCUGAACCAAGAUCAGUAGCGGCACUCACCAGAGUUAACCGAAAUGCAUCAUUGAUCGAUCGGAAUCGACAAAGGGCAUUCAUAUUAGUUGACUGAGGUUUCUUUAAUCCGAGCUUACAUUCUCAAUUUGUCGGCAAGACUCACACUCAGACAGAGGUCUCGUUUCCACCAACCCCAUGACUGCAGUCCACCUAGGUCAUUCCCGUCCAAUGGAGAAUCCUCUCGGCGUUGAUACACAUUUCUCCGCUAUAACAUUCUACUUCAAAUCGUAAUCUCAGCCGAAAUUCUCUGUUCUCGUGAUGAAUCAGGCCGAAAACCCAUCUCAGUAUAUGACACGCAACAGUGGGAAUGAGAGCAUCGUCUACGAUCCGAAGAUUGACAGAACUCUUCACCGUCGUCUUAGAGCCUUGAAGCAAGGGAAAGCUAAAAGAACGAAGAUGGCCGAGCAAAGGACUAUGAUGGACUAUGCCAAGCCAACUCUCACUGGUGCAGCCUCGAGCAUAGAGAGACCGGCUAUAGCUGCCAAUAACUUUGAAAUCAAAUCGACAAUCAUCCAGAUGAUUAAGAACACUGUUCAAUUCUGUGGAUUGGCUAAUGAGGACCCGAACACUCACAUCGCUGACUUCUUGGAGAUAUGUGACACCUUCAAGCAUAACGGAGUUAGUGAUGAUGCUGUGAGACUUAGAUUGUUUCCUUUUUCUUUGAAGGACAAGGCUAAGACUUGGCUCAACUCUCUACCAGCUGGAUCGAUCUCAACUUGGGAUGAAAUGGCCAGUCGCUUCCUAGCCAAGUAUUUUCCUCCAUCCAAGACUGCAAAUAUGUGGAAUGACAUCACAACUUUCACUCAGCAAGAUGGGGAAUCAUUAUAUAAGUCAUGGGAGCGCUACAAGGAACUAUUGAGGAAGGUCCCACAUCAUGGACUUCUUGUUUGGCUCUAGGUUCAAACAUUCUACAAUGGACUAACUGAGGCAAAUAAGACCAUCAUGGAUGCGACAACUAGAGGAUCCAUUAACAACAAGACACCUGAGGUUGCUCAUGCACUUAUUGAAGAGAUGGUUGCAAAUAAUGAUCAAUGGCACUCCGAGAGGGCUCAAGUUAAGAAGCAAGCUGGCAUUCACAAUGUAGACACUUGUACAAUAUUAUCUGCACAAAUGAGAGCUCUUAGCAAGAAGAUAGAUGACAUGCAGCUUACAACCAUGCAAGUUCAAGCAGUGCCUGUGAAUGGUGUUGGGGAGGUCAUGUCAGUACUGAGUGCCAAGUUGGAAAUCAAUUCAUGAGCUCUAUAAGCAAGUGGAUUUCGUAGGGAAAUUUUCGAGACAAUAAGAUAACCCCUACCUUCGUGCCUUUAACUCCGGAUGGAGGAAUCACCGUAAUAUUUCAUGGUCAUAUCAAAAUGUGGUGAAACCCCCUCCACAACUGAUGACUAAAUUCAUAUCGAGUGCGGAAACAAGAUUUCAGAAUCAAGAGGCAUCGAUUAAGAAUUUAGAAACUCAAGUAGGGCAGUUAGCACAAAUGAUAUCCACUAAAGUCCAAGGUGCUUUGCCUAGCAAUACAGAGGCAAAUCCAAGGGAGCAAGUGCAAGCUAUUACCUUGAGAAAUGGUAAGGAGCUGAAGAAGGUGGAAUAAAAAACAAAAGAAGGAGGUAAGAUGGAUGCCACUCUAGAAACUGAAAAGAAUGAGGAAGAGCAGUCGGAUUCAAGGGAGGAAAAAAGUCAAAAGCCACAAGUACCAUUUCCUGAUUGGCUUAAGCGACACAAAAUGGAAAAGGAAUUUGGUAAGUUUCUUGAAAUUUUUAAAAGUUUACAUACUAACAUUCCUUUUGCAGACGCCUUAGCCCAAAUGCCGCAUUAUGCAAAGUUCUUUAAGGAAAUCUUGGCAAACAAAAGGGAAUUGGGAGAAGUGGCUACAGUUGCAUUGAAUGAAUAAUGUUCAACAAUCCUUCUCAACAAGCUGCCUUAGAAACUAAAAGAUCCAGGGGGUUUUACUAUUCCUUGCACUAUAGGUAGUUUAAAGAUCAAUAAGGCAUUGUGUGAUUUAGGAGCUAGUAUAAAUUUGUUGCCCUAUUCUGUUUUUAAGAAAUUAGGGCUAGGUGAGCCCCAACCUACUAGAGUUGCAUUGCAAUUAGCUGAUAUGUCUAUCAAGCAUCCUAGGGGAAUUAUAGAAGAUGUCAUUGUUAAGGUUGAUAAAUUUAUUUUUCCCGUGGAUUUCAUAGUAUUAGAUAUGGAGGAGGACGUUGAGGUCCAACUUAUUCUAGGGUUACCCUUCCUAGCUACAAGAAAGGCAAUGAUAGAUGCCCAAAAAGGACAAUUAAUCCUUAGAAUUUAAGAUGAGGAAGUAAUUUUUAAGAUGUCUGAUGCUAUGAGACAUGUACCAUCUAGUGAUGAUUCAUGUUAUAUGAUAGAUGCUAUUGACUAUGUUGUUGGUGAGUGUUUUCAAGUCAAUAGGUCAGCCGAUCCCCUUGAGUUAUGCAUACAAGAAGGGGAAACAAUAAUUGAAGAUGAUGAAGAAAUUCAGAGCCUGUUAGCAUACUUAAACGCUAAUCCUCAGUUUCAGGGAAAGAGGUUCAUCAAAUUGGAGAGCUUGGACAGACCCUCAAAUUCAAAAAGCAAGUAUUCGAUUGAAAAUCCGUCCACCCUUGAGCUAAAACAACUCCCACUACAUCUAGAGUAUGCCUUUUUAGAAGCACCUUCAUCUUUACCGGUGAUUAUCUCAUCAGCCUUGACUCCCUUGCAGAAAGAAAAAUUGUUACGGGUGCUAGGGGAACACAAGACAACUCUAGCUUGGAAGAUAGCAGACAUUAAGGGCAUCAAUCUAUCCAUAUAAACUCAUAAGAUUCUGAUGGAGGAUGGAUACAAGCCCACAGUUCAACCCCAAAGACGUCUUAAUCUGAACAUGAAAUAUGUGGUGAAGGCGGAGAUUAUCAAACUAUUAGAUGCAUGUAUUAUCUACCCAAUCUCAAAUAGCUCAUGGGUAAGCCCUUUCCAAGUAGUACCAAAGAAAUGAGGCAUGACUGUAGUGCCUAAUGAGAAGAAUGAGCUCAUACCGACUAGGACGGUUACCGGAUGGCAAGUGUGCAUUGAUUACAGAAAACUAAAUGACACCACAUGCAAUGAUCACUUUCCUCUACCUUUCAUCGAUCAGAUGUUAGAAAGACUAGAUGGUCAUGAGUUCUACUGUUUUCUAGAUGAAUACUCGGGCUACAAUCAAAUUCCGAUUUCACCCAAAGAUCAAGAGAAGACCACCUUCACCUGUCCUUAUAGCACCUUUGCCUAUAGGAGGAUGUCGUUUGGAUUCUCCAGCAACAUUUCAGAUGUGUAUGAUGAGUAUAUUUUCUGAUAUGGUGGAGAAGUUUAUGGAGAUUUUCAUGGAUGACUUUUCAAUUUUUGGUUCUUCCUUUGAUGCAUGCCUAUAUAACUUGGAAAAAGUACUCAAGCGUUGCAAAGAAACUCAUCUAGUGCUAAAUUGGGAAAAAUGUCAUUUCAUGGUGCAAGAAGGUAUUGUAUUGGGACACAAAGUCUCACAAAAAGGGAUCAAGGUUGAUAGAGCUAAGGUGGAGACAAUUGAGAAAUUACCACCAUCAACAUCUGUCCAGUCCGUGAGAAGCUUCUUGGGGCACACAGGAUUCUAUAGAAGAUUCAUUAAGGAUUUCUCUAAGAUAGCUAAGCCUCUGUCCAAUCUACUACAGAAAGAUGUACCUUUCGAUUUUACAAAAGAGUGCUUAGAAGCAUACAAUAUCUUGAAAGAUAAGUUGACUCAUGCACUGAUCAUAGUAGCACCGGAUUGAACACUUCCCUUUGAGUUGAUGUGUGAUGCGAGUGAUUCAGUGGUUGGAGUUGUUUUAGGACAGAGAGUGAACAGGAAUUUUCAGCCCAUUUACUAUGCUAGCAGGACCUUGAAUGAAGCUCAACAGAAUUACACCACGACGAAAAAGGAGCUAUUAGUGGUAAUUUUUGCUGUUGAUAAAUUUUGCUCUUAUCUAAUCUUGUCCAAAGUUGUUUAUACAGAUCACUCAGCUCUUAGACAUUUACUUGAAAAGAAUGAUGCAAAGCCAAGGCUAAUCAGGUGGAUCUUGUUGCUUCAAGAGUUCGAUGUCGAAAUCUGUGAUAAAAAGGGCACUGAGAACCUUGCUGCAGACCAUCUCUCCCGUUUAGAGGAUUCAGAUUUGGGAGGGAAGACCACGAGCGCCCUUUGAGAUGAAUUUCCUAAUGAGUAGCUCUAUUCAAUUCAGGUAGAUACAUUGCCUUGGUAUGCUGAUUUUGCCAAUUUUCUCACUGGAAAUGUUCUUCCUCAUAAUCUUUCAUAUCAACAAAAGAAUAAAUUCUUCUCUGAUGUGAAACAUUAUUUGUGGGAGGACCCCUUUUUGUAUAAGAUUUGUGCAGAUCAGAUCAUUUGGAGAUGUGUUCCUGACGACGAGAUGGAGUCCAUGCUCAGAUGUUGCCAUGACCGAGAAGCGGGAGGCCAUUUUGGAGCCAACCGCACAGCAACCAAAGUGCUACAAUCAGGUUUGUAUUGGCCCAAUUUAUUCAAGGAUGCCCAUAGGUAUGUGUCCGCAUGUGACCAAUGCCACAGAACAUGUAAUUUCUCUAGACACAAUGAAAUGCCUUUUACCAACAUAUUAAUAUGUGAAAUCUUUGAUGUAUGAGGUAUUGAUUUUAUGGGACCAUUCCCAAAUUCUUUUGGAAAUAAAUACAUCCUAGUUGUUGUCGACUAUGUGUCUAGAUGGGUGGAAGCUAUGGCCCUACCCACAAAUGAUUCUAGGAGAGUAGUCCAAUUCCUUAAAAAGAUAUUCACUCAAUUUGGCACACCACGCGCUAUAAUUAGUGAUAGGGGGACUCAUUUUUGUAAUACUCAAUUUGAGUGUUUGAUGCAAAAGUAUGGUGUCACACAUAAAUUAGCUACCCCAUAUCACCCUCAAGCUAGCGGCCAAGUCGAAUUAGCUAAUAGGGAAUUAAAAAGAAUUUUGGAGAAAACAAUAGACUCUUCAAGAAAAGAUUGGUAUGUUAAGUUAGAUAAUGCAUUAUGGGCAUAUCGAACCGCAUACAAAACACCUAUUGGCAUGUCCCCAUAUAGGUUAGUUUUUGGCAAACCAUGUCAUUUACCCAUUGAAAUUAGGCAUAAAGCAUAUUGGUCCAUGAAGUUAUUGCACUUUGAUUUGCAGGCCGCAGGUAAAACGCGACGAAUGCAACUCAAUGGGAUGGAUGAAUUCAGAUUUGCAGCUUAUGAGAAUGCCAAGAUAUAUAAGGAACGAACCAAACGAUGGCAUGACAAGAAUCUAUAGAGGCGUGAUUUUCAAGUAGGUCAGCAAGUACUCUUAUAUAAUUCACGCCUUCGUUUGUUCCCAGGUAAGCUGAAAUCGAGGUGGUCCAGACCAUUCACUAUAUCACAAAUCUUUCCUCACGGAGCUAUAGAGGUCACGCACCUAGAACAAGGCACGUUUAAAGUCGACGGUCAGUGCCUAAAACCAUAUAUAGUUGAUGGAGCAUUGCCUACCCCAUCAACUGUAUACCUUGAUGAUCAUUGAUCACACCGGGAUGUUGAGCUUUAGACAGAAAACAAGCGCUUAUUGGGAGGCAACCCAAUGUCAAUAAAUAGUUUUUAUUUUUUAUUUUUAU